AUGGGCGGGAAAUGGGGCGCGAUCUCGAAGCUGCACGCGUUUCCCAAAGCCGAGGACCACCUCACGCAGAAGACGCUGUCGGGCGCCAUCGGUACGUACUUCCCGGGCAGUGUGCCGCGCACGUGCUCCCCAACCAAGCCCAAGGCGGACGACCACCUCGCGCAGAAGACGGUGUCGGGCGCCAUCGUUACCUCCAUGUGCACAGUGGCUCUUGUGACUCUCCUGGGAGUGGCGAUCAUGGUGGUGCUGUUCGCCCACAAGCUCUCCUUCGUGCUCACGCCUGAG